AUGAGUUGUGCCGAACGUGUAUCUAUAAAAGACCGACGCCUGUUUUCGUACUGCCCCGAUCUGCCGAUGCCAUUUAAGAUGUCUGGUUUACUGUUUGUACUCUGCUCAUUGUAUUUUCUUCCCCCAAUAUUAGCAACAGAAGAUGUAGUGAGCGUCGACUGGCUCGACAAGAAUAAAGACUCUGUCAAACUGCUCGAUGCAACAUACCAACCAACGUUUCCCAACUACAAAGAGUUCAAGGAAAAGUACUAUGGAAAGUUCGAAGAGUUAAUGCACCUCAAGUCUAAACACAGUGAAGCGUAUGCGAAAGAGCACAUUCCUGGCGCAGUAUUUUUCGAUUUGGAUGCAGCCUACUAUCCCAGCCAGUACAUACGAUUCGAUCUCUAUCCUCCGGAAGAAUUUGAGAAGUAUAUACGAUUACUGGGAAUCAAUGCUGGAGACCAUGUGGUCAUCUAUGCGAGAGCACAAUAUGCAGGAAUGCUUUGGGCAGUUCGAGUUUGGUGGACAUUCAAGCUUUAUGGUCACGAUAAUGUGUCUGUGCUCAAUGGUGGUUUGAACGCAUGGAAAAAAGCUGGUAAACCGGUGUCAGAUGAUGUGCCAGUUGUCGAGCCAGGAGAUUGGAAAGCGCAACCUAUUGACAAAUCUAUUCUUAUAACAUUUGAAGAACUAAAUGAAAAACGACCCGGAAGGCCAUCUAUAUUUGACGAUUUGAGCAAGAUUAAUUUGCUCGAUGGCAGACCUGCAAGCGAAUUUUUCGAGGGUAAACCACUGCAAAUACCAACAAAAGGAGUCCCUGGUUACCACAUGAAAGGAUCUAAGAACCUGCCAUUAGAUGUGCUUAUUGGCGAAGAUGGGCUGAAAUCUAAGGCAGUAAUUGAGAGAGCUUUGGAAAAAGCAGGAUACAAUCCCAAUCUUCCAACAGUGACAAUGUGUAACAAAGGCAUACAAGCAUCGGUACUUGCUCUAAUAAUGAAACAAGUCGGAGUGAAAGCCAGAGUCUUCAAUGGCAGUCUGACGGAGGUUGCUCUACGUGCGCCCAAACUGAUUAGCGAAAAAUGAUUCAUUUGCUUCUUGUUCAACUAUUGUUGUUUUGGCAAAGGUGGCGCUGUUUCCUGUAUAAAAAUUCUCUGCAAAUAAAUGUGUCUAUGAAUAAAGCAGGUUUUCAUAAG